AUGGCCCAACUAGAUGUUUUAAUUCGCAAACGUAGUGGCAUGAAAGCCAAGCUUACAAAUUUCUCCAAUUAUAUUAGCUCAAUUGGCGCUUCCGGCAUAGUCUCCGAACUUCAACAUGAAUUACAAUGUCGAUUAAAUAAAUACGAGGCAUUAUACGAUCAAUUCGAUGAAUUACAGGUGGAGAUUGAAGUGUGUUCCGACAAGCCAGAGGACGAAUACGAGGAACGUUCAAAAUUCGAAGAGCGUUAUUACGCGCUGAUGGCGCAAGCGCGCAAUCUGCUGUGCAGAGAUGGUGCAGCAGAUGACGGCCGCUCUGUUGCAGGUUCGAUAUGCAAACAAGCAGCUAUGGUGAAAGUGAUUGACGACAACGGCAACAGCAUGGACGCACGGCUUCUACUCGAUAACGGCAGUACAGCAAAUUUUAUAACGCAGUCGCUUUGCAGUAAACUAAAAUUAUCUACACGUUCUGUAAGUUCUGAAAUUAAUGGCAUUAAUAAUCAAUCGUUAACUAGUACACAAGCUUGCAACUUAACAAUCGAGUCCCAAUGUUGUAGGUAUAAAGCGAAUAUAGAAUGUUAUGUUUUACCGGAGAUAACUAAAAUACUUCCUUCUACUGUAAUAGACAUCAGUCAACUUUCGUUGCCCUCAGAUCUACAUCUAGCUGACCCUUCGUUUAACAUACCGUCAGUAAUCGACAUUCUCGUCGGGGCUGAAGUUUUCUGGGAUGUUAUAUGUACUAAAUCAAUUAACCUAGGCAAAAACAAGCCUAAGUUAGUUGAAUCAAAAUUAGGUUGGAUUGUUACAGGCCAACUACCAAUACAGACAACAUCAAAUUUUACGCAUUCUUGUAAUUUGUCGAUAAGAGAUCUUGACAACCUUUGA